CUUCCUGUCCCGGGCUUGGCUCAGGCUGAGACCCUGUCCCCAUGGUAACAAAUCUGCCCUGAGGAAGGAGCCCUGCCCUGCCCAUGGAAUUGUCCUGAGUCAUCGCUUUGGGCUGAGGCCAUGAGAAGAAACCAUCCUGUGGCAGGGGAGGCAGCCAUCAGCCCUGGCCUACACCGGGGAGACCCGAGAAAGUGGGGGCAAGGAGUGGGUGCAAAGUGGCCACAGCAGGGGUUCCUGGCAGGCGUGAGGCCUGGAGCUAGUCUUCCCCAAUGGCCUGGGCACACUGCCCUCAUCUUCUGGGCUGGUUCUCAUGGCGUGAGGGCUCUGGCACACUGUGCCAGCCAGCAGGCCCGCAGCUGUAGGUCUGAGGCCUUCAGGGAGUCACAAGGGGGGAGGCUGGGGAGGGGCAGACCUGGCAGGCUGACAAGCAGGGCGGGCCUCGCACAGGACAGCCCAUAGGCGGGUUCACACUAAGUUUCGCUUCCCGCCACUGCUGCCAGCAGCAAGAACCAGCCAGACUGCACCCGAGUCAUUGCUGCCUGCCUGCUACUUGGCUCAUCGGCAGGUACCCACCAUGGGCUCGCAGGCCCCACCCCUGGGUCCUGUGCAGACCCUCAUCUUCUUGGACCUGGAGGCCACUGGCCUGCCUUCCUCCCGGCCCAAGGUCACGGAGCUGUGCCUGCUAGCCAUCCACAGAUGUGCCCUGGAGAGCCUACCCACUCCUCAGGGGCAGCCUCCCACAGUGCCCCCACCACCUCGGGUGGUGGACAAGCUCUCUCUGUGUGUGGCUCCAGGGAAGGCCUGCAGCCCAGAAGCCAGUAAGAUCACGGGCCUGAGCACAGCAGUGCUAGCAGCUCACGGGCGUCAACGCUUUGAUGCCGACCUGGCCAACCUGCUCCACGCCUUCCUGCAGCGCCAGCCACAGCCCUGGUGCCUUGUGGCACACAACGGCGACCGCUAUGACUUCCCCUUGCUCCAAGCAGAGCUAGCUUCACUAGGCCUGGCCAGUGUUCUGGAUGGUGCCUUCUGUGUAGAUAGCAUUGCUGCCUUGAAGGCCCUGGAGCGAGCCGGCAGCCCCUCGGAGCAUGGCCCAAGGAAGAGCUACAGCCUGAGCAGCAUCUACACACGCCUGUACGGGCAGGCCCCAGCGGACUCCCACAUGGCAGAGGGGGACGUCCUAACCCUGCUCAGCAUCUGUCAGUGGAGGCCACAGGCCCUGCUGCAGUGGCUGGAUGCUCACGCCAGACCCUUCAGCACUGUCAAGCCCAUGUACAGGGUCAUAGCCUCUGCUGGAACCAAACCAGGACCAUCUGCCACCACAGCCACUGUAUCCCUGGCUGGAGCCAGGGACACUAGUCCAAACCUUGGCAGGGGCAGAAAGCCCAAAGCCCUUCUUCCAAUGAAGGCCCCUGGAGCCUCACCCAGGGAGGGCUUGCUGGCCCCACUGGGCAUGCUGGCCUUCCUGACCUUGGCAAUAGCCAUGCUGUAUGGGCUGUCCCUGGCCACACCUGGGCAAUAGGCCAAGAAGGAAAUUCUAACUAAUAAAGA